ACCAUUUUUGAAACUCAAGACCCACAAACAUGUGAAUCCGCACAUGAUGUCAUAGAUGGAUGAGAAUCCAAUUCAGAAUUCAAUUCAUUUCCAAUUAUAUAUAUACAGAGCAGAGCAAGGAAAUUCAAAUCAGCUGUAAAAACAUAAAAGACCUCUUGGUUGGUCUGGUUCUGUGAUCCAAGGUUCACACCUGGCCCGAGAAGGGAAAACAUUCUCACCAGACCCUGAGGAAGAAACAUCCCUCAGCAGCAGAACAGAAUUCUUCUAAAGUUUUCAUUAUAUAAGUGACUGCUGUGGAAUCGAGACCAUUUUACCAAUUGCACAGAGACCUUUACGAUAUAUAAUUGUAUAUUCUAAUAUAAUAAUAAUAAUAAGUACUCAUAUUUAAUGUAGUCUCUCUAUUAUUAUGAGGCCAUAAAAACUUUACAUAUAAUCAUUUGAACAAAAAUAGAAUUUGUUUAAAACUACUGUAGACAAAAAUGUCCAAAUCUGGCAUCACUGGAUGCUCCUGUCAUUGCUUAAGUGUCCUGUCAACCUCCCAAAAACUGAUUCGAUCAACCUAAAAAUAAAGCGUAUUGGCAUGUUUCUCCUUAAAAGUUCCUCCCAGCCCAGCUAUUUGUGGAUCACGCUUACACAAGCCUCACAAAAAAAAGGCCUAACAGCAAUACAGUGUGAUUGGAGAUUAGAAAUUGUGGCUCUGUCUGAUAGAAUCAGCUUUAGGGAUAAAGACGCAGACCCACUUCAGAUCACUCACCAAACGCGUUCAGGACCUCCAGCUCCAGAGCCAAGAAGGGAAAAGCAAUUGUUUACAAAACAUCUUCGCAGAAUCACUCAGGAGGCAGAAACGAUGUACGAGUACUUGAGUAACAAUUGUACAUGCACAUAUGUCUUGGGUGCGUUUGUGCUGCUAUGGGUGCUGGUGUGGUUCUACCGGGACAACUUGGAGAUCACCAAGGUCUCGGAGAAACACGUUUUUGUGACCGGUUGCGACUCUGGGUUCGGACAUCUACUGUGCAAGCUCCUGGACAAACGUGGUUUCCGUGUCCUAGCCGGGUGUUUCACGGAAAAGGGCGCAGAUGAUCUGAAGAGUGCGACAGGACCCUUCCUUAAGACCUGCAUCUUGGACGUGACCAGCACGACCAGCAUUCAGAAGGCUUUGGAAUGGACCAAAAAAGAAGUUGGAGAUAAAGGACUUUGGGGUCUCGUGAACAAUGCAGGACGCUCCCUUCCCAUGGGUCCAUCAGAAUGGAUGAAAAUCGAAGACUUCCAAAGCACACUUAAAGUCAACAUGACUGGCAUGAUUGAGAUGACGAUGGACUUCUUGCCUCUUGUCAAAAAGGCCCGUGGACGAGUGGUGAAUGUGGCGUCAGUGUUGGGAAGAGUGGCAGCUAACGGCGGAGGAUAUUGCAUUUCAAAGUUCGCAGUGGAGAGCUUCUCUGAUUGUCUCAGGAGGGACAUCCAGAAUUUUGGGGUCAAUGUGUGCAUCAUUGAACCUGGUUUCUUCAAGACUCAGGUGACCAGCUUGGAGCCCAUCGAGAGGGAACUUCAUCGCCUCUGGAACCAAUUGACCCCUGAAGUGCAGGAGAGUUAUGGAGACAAAUACUUGGAUAAAUACAUCAAGAUCCAGAGGCUGAUCAUGAACACCAUAUGCGACUCUGACCUCAGUAAAGUGACCAACUGCAUGGAACACGCCCUGCUGGCCGUCCACCCAAGAACACGCUACAGCGCAGGCUGGGACGCCAAGCUCUUGUGGAUUCCCUUGUCUUAUAUGCCUGCUUGUGUUGUAGAUAUCGCGCUGAAGCUGGUGUUGCCAAAGCCUGCAAAAAGUGUAUGAAUCUUCGGCCACAUAUGUUUAACUCUUAUCUUUCAUUUCCUUCUUAUGAUACACUAUAGACACUCUAUUUUGGGGUCUUAUUAAUGGCGCUUUUCCACUGCAUGGUACGCCACGGUAUGGUUCACUUUCGUUUUUUUUUCCACUGGGUACAGUACCUGGUACGUUUUUAGCAUCACCUCGGUUGGGGUUCCAAGUGAACUGUACCGUUACCAAAACGUGACGUGUAAACUCUGCUGAUCACUGAUUGGCCGGAGAGAAUCGUCAUUAGCUGCGUCACAGAGACACAACAGAACCACUGCCAGCGAAGGAUCGAACGCAACUGUUUUGAAUGAGUGCACCUUUUUUUUAACAUCCCCAAAAAUGUCUGUUUUGUUGUCUCUUGAGGAAGUACAGAUGUUCCUCUCGUUGAUAGCAGAGGAGCGG